AUGAAGAAAUUAGCCUUCGCAUUGAUCACCGCUUCUAGGAAGUUGAGGAAUUAUUUCCAAGCACAUGUUAUUAAUGUCAUGACAGAUCAUCUGCUCAAGAAGGCAAUGAAUAGAUUGGAAGCUGCAGGACAAUUAAUCCAGUGGGCUGUAGAGCUCAGUGAGUUUGACAUUAGAUAUCAACCAAGGCAUGCCAUAAAAGCUCAAGCACUAGCAGAUUUCAUUGCGAAGUUUACCCUAAGUCAUGAUGAGACAGAAGACAAUAAGAGAUGGGUCAUCCAUGUGGAUGGUUCGUCUACACGACAUGCAGGUGGAAUUGGUGUGGUCCUACAAUCCCCAGAAGGAGACAAACUGAAACAUAAGGUUCGUCUACAGUACCAAGCAACUAACAAUGAAGUCGAGUAUGAAGCCCUUCUUAAAGGGCUAGAAUUGGCUAAGUCUGUGGAAGCCAAGUCUAUACUUGUCUUGGGGGAUUCUCAGUUGAUCAUGGGGCAAGUAAAUGGGAUGUAUGAAGCGAAGGAAGAACGGAUGAGAAAAUACCUUAGUAGGGUGAUGCGCCUUAUGAAAAGAUUUGAAAAAGUUGACUUCGUUCAAAUCCCAAGGGAGGUGAACGUGGAAGCUGAUACCAUAGCAAAAGAAGCCUUAGCGAAUGAAUCUAUGGACGAAUCUGAUGAAGUUCAGUAUAUGCCAAGUAUAGAUAUCCCGGAAGUCCAACAGGUGGAUAGUAGAGGAAAUUGGAUAACCCCGAUUAUAUCAUACUUAAAAGACGGACGACUACCAGAAGAGAAGGACGAAGCUAGGAAGUUGAGGGUGAGAUCGGCUAGGUACGUACUUAUGAACGAAGUGCUAUACAAGAGAGGCUUUUCUCAACCUUAUCUUAGGUGCUUAGCUCCGGACAAAACAAACUAUGUACUGAGAGAAGUUCAUGAAGGAGCAUGUGGCAAUCACUCAGGAGCCAGGUCAUUUGUCCACAAGGUCGUCCGUGCAGGGUAUUACUGGCCAAACAUGCAAGCUGAUGCUAAAGCAUACGUUAAGGUCUGCGACCAGUGCCAACGGUUUAGUAACGUCCCCAGACAACCAUUAGAAUACCUCACCCCGAUGGUGGCACCGUGGCCCUUUGCACAAUGGGGACUAGACAUUUUGGGUCCCUUCCCUCUGGGCACAAGGCAGAUGAAGUUUCUAGUGGUGGGCAUCGAUUAUUUCACCAAAUUGGUGGAAGCUGAACCGUUAGCAAAUAUCACACAACAAAAUGUAAAAAAUUUCGUGUGGAAGAACAUUGUGUGCAUAUUUGGAGUGCCGAAGGUAUUGGUUUCUGAUAACGGACGACAAUUUGACAAUGCACUCUUCAGGGACUUUUGUUUACACUUUGGAAUUCAAAACCAUUAUUCCUCGCCUGCACACCCCAAAGCCAAUGGCCAAGCUGAAGUUGCAAACCGAUCCUUGACCACAGUGAGAACCCCUAUGGGGGAGACUCCUUUCAAGUUAGCCUAUGGAAGCGAAGCAGUCAUACCUGCAGAAGUACAUAUGGCCAAUCACAGGGUGAUGAUGUAUCAAGACAAGGAUAAUGAGGAGCAACUCCGUUUAAACCUCGAUCUAAUAGACGAGGUAAGGGCAGACGCAGAACACAGGGCAGCAAAGUACAAGAACCUCAUGGCUAGGCAGUAUGAUGCGAUGGUGAAGCCAAGGCAUUUCAACAUAGGAGAUCUCGUCCUGAGAAAGGUCUCUUUGUCAACCAAAAACCCAGCAUAUGGGAAGUUGGGCCCAAAUUAG